CCUCAAUCUUGCAGCGCCGUUGAACAAAAGAGAGAGAGAGAGCGAGGUGAUGAGGUAGCAACAUAGCAAGCACACGAGCGCAAUUUGACAUCCCCCGGCGUGGUCUGUAGCCUAAUUUGACCGUUACCGUUUACCAUAGCCUGUAUCAAAAGAAAAAGACAAUUCGACGAAUUCUGGGUGGAGAUUUUAAUCGUAGCCUACUGAACUUGUGUCAUAUUUUCUAUUUUUUACUACACGUUGCAUUUACAGUAAUAUUUGGAAUUGUGAUCAAGAAAAGCAAAAUGUUAAGGAUAAUGUUUCAUGUCACUCAAUAAGAUCAGUUGAAGAAGAUCAAACGUCCAAUCAAGACCAAUCAUCAAAAAGGCCCAAACUACCAGUGAAACAACAUUGUCGGCAUUCCGCCAUGUCUUCCAACACCAGUGCUGCCCCCAGUGGAGCGGAGGGAGAACAGCAGCCGGAGCAGACCAUCACCUCCCAGCCAACCAGUGCUGAGCACCAAGAGACAGCCCCUGACUCCAGCCAAUCGGAAUCCAAAGACCACUUGGCAGUAAUCAGCGAGAAGAUGGAGACCAGUAAUGGAAUGUGUGCUGCCGACUCCUCGCCCACAUCUUCCAUCUCGUCCCCAAAGCGACUGCAACACGCCAAACCAACCAACGGCCGGGCGCGGAAAGGAAGCCGCUCUGGGUCCCUGCUGGGUCAUGGGGCAGGGUCUCCCAGGCCUUCCAUCAGCCGUCAGCCCAGCACCGUGACAGAGGAGGAUGACGGCAAGCCCCCUAGAGACUACCUAAUAUUGGCCAUCCUGUCCUGCUUCUGCCCCUUGUGGCCGAUCAACAUCGUGGCUCUCGUCUUCUCUGUUAUGUCGAGGAACAGCCUGCAGCUGGGGAACGUAGACGGGGCGCGGCGUCUGGGACGGAACGCAAUGGUGCUGUCCAUCGUUUCACUAGUUGGCGGGGUCAUCAUCAUCAUCGCAGCCAUCGUCUUAAACUGGGGAAGUAUAAUAAAAUCCUGAGGGUCACCAUGGAAACCAGGAGCAAGAUCGCAAGACAGCACACCAACAACCAUCCAAACCAGACUUUUCCCCUCUCCUACGAUCAAAACACUAUUCUACAAAAGCGCCUGCAACCUACAGCAUACCCAUUGGACCCCUUUUUUGCUGCACUAUCAUGUAUGGCCUGUAAUAUGUUCUCUGAAACAGAUAGACAAGUCCGUCACCUCUACCUCCUACACCCCAAUGCUGCCACCAGUGGUGUAGUGCAGGGUAAACGUACGUAAAUGUCGUUUACACACAUUUUGCUCCUGUGUUUAUCCACCUUUUGCAGACAAAUGCAUUGAAAGUAUAGGGGGCGUUACUUUAUUGACCGUCAACGGUGAUCAGGAGUUAUAGUACCCAUCUAUUUUUUGACCACUGGCUGCCACCAUCACUCAGAAGGUCGAAGGCGUGAGGUAGAACAACACUGAGGUAGGAUAGACAGUGACAAACAGACUGGUUCCUCUGAAUGAGAGAGAUGCGUCUAACGAGUCUAACUCUGGUCAACGAUGCCAUGAUCUCCUGGUUGCCUGAGUCUCAGAAUAUAUUUAAAGUCUCUGCAUGAUUUUCCGGGAUCAGGCUGCUCCUCCCAGACUGUUCCUCCCAGGCUGUUCCUCCCAGGCUGCUCCUCCCAGGCUGUUCCUCCCAGGCUGUUCCUCCCAGGCUGUUCCUCCCAGGCUGUUCCUCCCAGGCUGUUCCUCCCAGGCUGUUCCUCCCAGGCUGCUCCUCCCAGGCUGUUCUUCCCAGGCUGCUCCUCCCAGGCUGUUCCUCCCAGGCUGUUCCUCCCAGGCUGCUCCUCCCAGGCUGUUCCUCCCAGGCUGUUCCUCCCAGGCUGUUCCUCCCAGGCUGCUCCUCCCAGGCUGCUCCUCCCAGGCUGUUCCAAUGUGACAAAACACAAAGUGUCUCUAUUGUUGCCGGAAAGGACAUCUGGUUUUCUCUGUAAUGUUAUUAUUUCCUUCCACUGAAUCAUUCAUCUCCAGUCAGUCCACACCUCUGUAACACAACCAAGGGAUCCUUUUAACUGUGACGCCAAAACCAGCCCACCCUAUAGGAUCAUGUUAAAGAUGGCAAAGGAAGAGUUGGAGAGGGAUUGGAAUUGAUCUUUGAUCAAUGUGAUGAUGUUGAUGGGGGGGGUCUUUUUAGUUCUGAAUUUGUUCCAGAUUGUUAUUUUCUGUGAAGGGAGGGAGGAGGAGGAGUUAGAGACAGAUGGGACCAUCUGUACUUAAAUUUAGGGACAAACCUGGGGUCUCCAUCUCUUUGCUUCAUCGUCUUCGUUUAAAAAUAACUGGAAUCUGGGGAGAAUGAGCCACUCUGGGUUUGGGAUUGAGGCUGGGCUGGUAACUCAUAUGCGCUCUCAAACACACUAUCUUACACCCCCCCCCCCACACACACACACACGAGCACAUGCACACACACACAAUCAUCCAUACACAUAGUGUCAGAAUGACUGAUUCUCAUUGGCUGAGAGAAAGAGGGAGAUAAAGAACAGGAGAGGAGAAGAGAGGGAGGGGAGGAUUGGGGAUAGCUGCAUCAUGGGCUGCAGUCCUUUGUUUGGCACAGAUGGCGGCAAAGAGAGAGAGUGUGUGUGUGUGUGUGUGUGUGUGUGUGUGUGUGUGUGUGUGUGUGUGUGUGUGUGUGUGUGUGUGUGUGUGU